AUACAAUGGAUGUUCAAUCAUGGGGAAAGCACUGAAUUUGCAGGAAAAGCAAUUUCUCAUCUUUUACUUGACAAAGACAUAAUGAACAGAAGCGGACAGAUUUUGCUGACAACUGAUCUUUCGAGUGAAUUCAACUUUAAAGACAUAGACGGUUCUUACCCAGUAAGUAUGAGAAGUUUCAAGACUAUGUUUGCUGGAACUGGAAAUCUUUCAAUGGUUCCCUACAUCCCUGGGUGGCUGAAGAUACCUUUUUGGAUUUACCGUAUUUUACUUCCAAUGUCAAAACUCCCAACGCCCCCUAAAAAUGAAAGCAAAUACCAAUGAUUUUAAAAUUCAGACUCUGCUUUAUUAAUCACAUAGAGCUUGUUAUUGUAAGCGCUUAGGAGUCAGGUUAAUUUUUUGAUGCACAAAAAUUGAAUCAUAAAAAAUGAAAGCAAAUACCAAUGACCAUGAAAGUCUACCGUAUCAAUCACAUAGAACUUGCUGUAAGCUUAUUUGAUUAUGAUAUUUUAUUGUUACCAUAAUGCCUUUAAUAAUAAAGAGAACCUAUUGAUA